AUGAAUGACAAAGAUUUAAUCAUUAAUUAAGUAGAAAAUUUAGAUCUUAUUAUCGAAUUUGACCUUAUUAUGAAGAAGGUGAAAUUUAUGAAAGAAAAGAAAACUUUUACUAAAUAUUAGCCUAUAUUCAGGAUCUUGAUGAAUCAGUAUUCAAGGUGAUUAUUGAAUUACUUAGAAAAGAAAAGAUUUCAGAUAUCCUAGGAUUUCUUUCAAAGAUUUUCAAUUUAAGGUUUUACGAAUCAUUCUUUAAUAAUUUAUAAAAAAUUAGUGAUUUGAAAAAGAAUAUUAAGAGAAUCACUAAUGUUUUGAAAAAUAUCUAAGAUCAUCCAAUUAGUAAAAUUGACUAUUCUACAGAAGCAUACGAAAAGUCAAAAUAAGAUCUAAUCAAUAAAAUAUCAGGAAAUAAAAAGAUCAUUAAUUUUUAAACAUUUUUAGUUCACAUCACAAGUGUUGAUGAAAAAUUCAUUUAAUGUGGAUCGAAUGGGCUAAAUUUAUUAGUAGGGAUGAGAGAAAACUUAACGACUCAAUUUUUGAAGACAUCAAGAUCUAAAAUACUUCUUUAAUAGACGCUAAUUUUGUAAAAUGCAAUUCGAAUGGAUCGGAAUUCAAUAAUGUAGACAUUAGUGGAAUAAAUUUGAAUGGAGCUCUACUCUUUAAUUGCAAAUGGAAGAAUAUUAAAAUCCUUGAAUUAAAUAAAUUGGAAGGUCAUAGGUUCGAUCAGUAUGCUUCUCUU